GUUGCAGCGGGGCGUGUCCUGCCUGGAAACUAUGUGGAAAUCCUAAUAACGCAGCUCGACUGGACUGGACCUCAGCACGAAGGAGAACGCGCGAGGUUGAACUUGUGUGGUCGUUGACCUGUCUUUAACGUCACGAUGUUGAAAGAGUUGGUAAGGGAGCGACUCAUUGCGGCCGCCGACGAAAUCUUCGGGCUGUUUGACGGAACGAUCGCGUCGUACGAGGAGCAACUUUGUCGAGCGAGAGAGGAGACCGAGCGACACCGACGACAACUGGAAGCUGUUUAUAAGACUCACAUUGUGAUAUGCAACAAAGAUGUCCAGCAAGUGGAGGGGAGCUCCAGGUUGGAGCAGGAGGAUCCACAGCCCCGCCACCCUAAAGAAGAGGAGGAGCAUCCAGAGGUCGUCCACAUUAAAGAAGAGGAGGAGGCUGCUGCCAUCAGCGAGUUGCGACUGACUGGUGUCUAUGUGGACAGUGAAGACGACAAAGCUAAAUCACCUGAGUGGUCACAGCAUCAGCAUCAAAGUCCAAGUAGAGACCACUGUGGAGGGCCACCACCAGACACCAUUUUUGUUCCACUGUCACAUGGUGACAACACAGAAGAAACUUGGAGGAGCGACGCAGACGAUGGUGACGACAAUCAGUUGAAAUGCUCAGAAAAGGAGACCACUUUUGGCAACGGGGAAACUUCACAGACAUGUAAAAAACGUCUAACCUGCUCUGUUUGUGGUAAAUGUUUUGCUAAACAUCAUAUGAUUAGACACAUGAGAACACACACCGGAGAAAAACCCUUCAAUUGCCCAGUGUGUGAGAAAACAUUCUCUCUUAAGGCACAUGUGGUGUCACACAUGAGAAGACACACGGGAGAAAAACCUUUUAGCUGUGCAACUUGUGGUAAAACCUUCUCUCAAAGGCUGUAUCUGGUAUCACACAUGAGAAUACACACAGGGGAAAAACCUUUUAGUUGCUCAGUUUGCGGUAAAAGAUUCACUCAAAAGCCGAACAUGGUGUCACACAUGAGAACACACACUGGAGAAAAACCAUUUCAUUGCUCAUUUUGUGGUAAAGGAUUCACUCAAAAGCCAAGUAUGGUGUCACACAUGAGAAUACACACAGGAGAAAAAGGCUUUACUUGUUCAGUUUGUGGUGGAAGCUAUGCUCGUAGGUCCAAUUUGACUGCACACAUGCGCGCUGAGCACCAAGAUAAUAAAUGAAAAUACUUCUGGUAUGUUCUCAGAAUGUGAAGAGUAUGAGUGUAAAAGCGGUAUAAAACAUACAUAUACCGUUUGGAGGUGGUCCUGUUGCAACAUGACUGUGCACAAAGCAAGGUCCAUGAAGAAAUUGAUGUGUGUUUGGUGUGGAUGAACUUAAGGGCGCUGCACAGAGUCCUGGCCUCAACCCGAUAGAACACUAUUGGAGGAAGAUACUGAGAGCCAGGUCUUAUUGUCCAGCAUCAUUUCCAGACAAGCUGUUAUAGCUACAAAUGGUGCACUGAUAUAUUAAACCCUAUCGAUUAUGAAUGGGAUGUUACUUAAACUCAUGUACAGGUCAAGACACUCAUAGUGACAAUGCAUUUGUGUAGCACUCUUUUGAGUGUGUGAAGUAAUCAAGCAAUAUAAAUAACACAUUCAAUAUCAAUUAUUAUUGACAGUAUUCAAGUGAUUUGGUAAUAAAUUAAUUGAAGCAGCAAAAACAUUGAGAUGACUACUCUUUAGGUCGCCGAGGUAAAAGUUGUAGUAAAACUCAAAACAAAAUAUCAGAAUUAAGACUAGUAUAACAUCAAUUUGCUAACGGAAUUUGACUGGAGUCAAAAGAUUUGCGUAAUGUGAACGGUAAGCGCAAAAUGCUAUAGACAGGCUAACAAAGCUAGCAUCUUUAGUGCAAUAGUCAUGUUUAAACAAUUUAUAUUUGAACACAAGCUGUGGCAUCACAUUCCAACAGAGCAUGCAGUGAUAUUCACAGACAUAUAUUCUUUAUCUUCUUUAUAGAGUCGAAUAAUAUUACGGUUUCUGUGUUUCAUCAUUAAACCAACCUGUUAUGUUUUUGCUGCCCCCUCGUGGCCAAGGUACCACCACAACAGAAAGAGCAGAGAGCAAUGCCCCGUGAAUUAUCCUGAUGCACAAACUGUUUAAUUCUUGUCUAUUCUAUUUAAUUAUAUUACUGUAUUUUUUAUAUAAAGUACAAAACUGACUUAUA